GAGUGAGGCUAGGGCGAGGUGAACUUGGCCCCCAGACGCGUGGACUCCGCGCUGAUCCGAACUAGUCUGGCCACCACCUCACCUCAACACGAUCAUCAAUUAUCCCGAUGUAGACCUUGUACCUUGAGCACCUGAAAUGCGCGUGUUCACCCUAAACUUUUCCUUAUUAAUCCACCAUAGCUCCAGGACGUCAUGGAGGGCUCGUUUAUACGUUUUCGUCUAGAGUCUAAGCAUCCUCCCGUAAGCGUUACCGCUACUGGAUCGAAAACAAAACGACGAACAAAGACAGGAUGCCUGACGUGCAGGACGCGUCGCAAAAAAUGUGAUGAGCUGAAGCCUUCAUGUGUCGCCUGCCGGCGCAAUUACUUUACUUGCAGAUGGCCAGACACGAAUUCGAUCCGUGAAGAGGGUUCCUCGCCCAAUGCUUCUGCCGAGAAGAGAGCAUCAUGGCAGCUGACACAGACCUCACUGAAUCCAUCAUAUAUCCUUACUAGCCAGCCUUUCGGCUACAAAGCCAGGGAUUCCUACCUCCUAGAACAUUACGUGUUGGUCACGUCUCAGCAGCUGACUGGACGAGAACACAAGCAGAACCCGUUUCUUGAGCUUCUCAUGCCACUAGCAUUGCAGGAUAGCAGGGUGCUUGAAGGCGUGUUGGCUGUGAGUGGGGCACACCUCAGUUUCCAAGACCAACGUUUCGAAUCCGAUGCACGUUCGCACUAUGCAGGAACCGUUCGAAGUGUCAAGUACACGCUGCUGGCCUGGGGGAUGCUGGAAACGCAUGACAUGAUAGCACUGUUGACAACAACACUGCUCCUCGGUUAUUUUGAAAGCAUCAUCGGCGACACACGCGGCAGCGUCUUCCAUCACCUGCGUGCGAGCCGCACGAUCCUCCUCGAAUUGCAGAGCCGGCGCAUUCCAGAUCCCUCCCACCUCGCCUUUUUAACAGAGUGGUAUGCCUUCACAGCGAUAACCGCAAACGUGACACUGCACACCUCCUUCGCCACCAUGGACCGGGACAUUCCCACCGACAACUUCCUCUCCGCCGACGCCCUGCAAAGUCUCAACAAAGGGACAGCAAGCUAUGGCGUCCUCUUUGGCGCAGCACACAAAUUGCUUGCCCUCAUCGUGCCCAUCAGAGACGCAGCCCGUCGUCUGUCACACUCCCCCGAUCUCUCGGCACACCAUGAACAAUUACAUGCCUUCGAAGCACAGAUCCGCGCCAGCAACACAGGCGUCUUGCGCGCUCACCCCACCGCCUCAGAAGUCGGCGCCGCAAUCUACCACCAGGCUCUCCUUGUCUAUCUCCACACCACCUUCCACGGUACCGCCCCGCCAACCCCCGCGCUCUACGCAACCAUCGAUCCCUGUGUCGACCGCUUAUUCGAGCUCAUGCGGGCCAUGCGAUCUCAGUCUGCGGUCAUUACUACGCUCAUGUGGCCGGCGCUGGUGAUCGGGUCGUGUGUGCGGAAGGAGGGGCAGCAGGCGAGGUUCUCGGCGUAUAUGGAGGCACUGCCGCUGCGGAUGGGGAGUUGUCAGCGGGUGCGGGAGGUGUUGAGGUGUAUGUGGGAGGCGCGGAGGGAGGAUGAGAGGGUAUACGGGCCGUAUGGGUUGGAGAUUGUGAUGGGCAAGAUGAAUAUUAAUCUUUGUGUUUCGUAGGACGGGCGCAAUCUUGUGUGAAGUCAGAAAGUGCAUUUGGGUAUUAUUGACCCAUCAAGGCAUUUCAGAACUGGAACAAGUGAUGUAACAUCCCU